GACGUGGAUCAGCGGUGCUCUGCCUCAACCGGCGGUCUCACCGAAGCUGAGCCGAGAAGACUCCACCACCAAGAAAAGGGAUGAUGGCUUGGAUCACCCAUGGUUUGGAGAAAGUUGUUCCCCAGCCGGAGCUGAACAAGAAAGAAACAGCUGAGCUGCCCAUCGAGGAGCACCAACCAGCAGCUGCAAAAGCUGCAGAGCCUCAGAUCACCACGGUGGAGGUGGCAUCAGAUCAAGAGGACCAAACCGACAACAGACCACUGCCACCCAGGAUGAUCGAGUGGAUUAAACAUGGUCUGGAGAACAUGGUUCCUCAGCCGGAGAGUCAUGUUCGCUCAAAGACAGAAAUCAACAAGAAGACUGAAGCUCCUGCUUCAACUAAAGCAGAAGCUCCGCCACCAAAACCUGCUCCAGCCACAAAACCUUCUGCUGACACUGAGAAGGUUUCUAAUGAAGCAGAGCAGCAGCCAAAUAUUAUGGGCUGGAUGGUCAGUGAGAUCGGACGCAUGUUGCCCCAGCCUGCACAGAAACAGGAGCCCGGCAGUGACGAGGUGCAGAACAGUAAGUACAACCUUUCCACAGCUCACACUAACGCAUGA